AUGAAGAACAUCUUCCAGUCCACUGCAUUCUUGCUGCUCUUGCAGACCCAAUCGCAAGUGUAUGCUUUGUCAACUACAGCAUCCAAGCCAGUCAUAUGGAUAUUGGUGGCCAAUUGGCAAACAGAGCAGAACUAUGAGGGCUUCGGCAUUGAAGCAGACGCUGUAGAUGGUACGACGCAGCUGGUGUUUCAUGAGGGCCCGGCCAAAGCACAAUCACACGGAAUUGUUCACUUCAAGCAAUACAUUGCAGCCGGAGACAUGACCUUCACUCAGGGCAAGGAUUCGUUUCGUGUCUUCGUUGACAAAACAUCCAAACAGAUCUCGUUGGAAUCGACAAGCGUUGACCAGAACAAAGCGAAGCAUUAUUACGAAAGUCUGAGCUUGACACCCAAUGAUGUCCCGCAACCAUAUUUGACUUUUGAGUAUCCUCCACCCCCAGGAAGCAAUCAGACCCUUCAAAUCUCUCAAAGCUUCCUUGCCUGCCCUAUCGGCAAUGAGCUUGCGUUUACGCAGACCUACCUUUUGUACACCAAUGAGCCUUCUGACAAAAAGAACUCAGGCAAGUGCAAAGAUAUUUUUGUCAGGGGCCACAGGAUCGAUCAGCCAGCCAAGUAA